UUCUCUCUGUGCAGGUUGUGCAGUUGUUUUCGUGCUUGGAUAAAGAUCAGUUUUAUAGAAUGGGCGCUUGAUUCUGAGUACAUUCUUUGCGGCUUGUACAAAAGGCCACUGAUUCAGGCAUGGUCGUUGACCCAACCAGAGUGGACAUAUAAGAUAGAUGAAGGUUUAGCUGGUAUAGCUUAUGCUAGAUGGAUCCCCGAUAGCCAUCACAUUCUGACCACCUCCGAGUUUCAACUGCGGUUCACUGUUUGGUUGCUACUGAACACAGCUUGUGUUCAUGUGCAGUGGCCAAAGCAUGGAUCUAAGGGAGUUUGUUUCACCAAAGAUGGGAAAUUUGCUGUCAUUUGUACUAGGCGCGAUUGCAAGGACUAUGUCAAUAUCUUGUCUUGUCAUACGUGGGAGAUAAUGGGUACUUUUUGCAGCCUCGUCCCUAAAAGUCCCAACAUUGAAUACUCGCCUGAUGAUAGUGCUAUAGUGAUCUGGGAUUCUCCUCUUGAAUACAAGGUUCUAAUCUAUUCCCCAGAUGGUCGUUGUCUGUUCAAGUAUCAGGCAUAUGAGAGUGGGCUAGGGGUGAAAAGUGUUUCCUGGCCUCCUUGUGGCCAGUUCUUAGCUGUAGGUAGUUAUGAUCAAAUGUUGCGGGUCCUAAAUCACCUUACCUGGAAAACAUUUGCUGAAUUUAUGCAUCUCUCUACUGUUCGUUCUCCUUGUUAUGCUGCUGUCUUCAAGGUAAUUUUGUGUACUUAG